AUGCACAAAUUUGCACUGGCGACGGACAUCGAGAAGAUGUACCGCCAAGUCCUCGUGCACCCCGAUGAUCGCGAUCUGCAGCGCAUCCUCUGGCGUCCAGCCGAUACUUCCAACCUGGAAGAAUUCCGAUUAAACACUGUGACCUACGGACUCGCGUGCGCACCGUUCUUGGCGAUACGCACUUUGAGACAGCUAGCUGACGACGAUGGGUCACAUUUCCCACUGGGAGCCGCGGCGCUUCAACGGGACGUAUACGUCGACGACGUACUCACAGGAGCAGCCACCCUGGAGGAGGCCAGAGCGGCAGCCAACGAGAGUGCGUUACUGGAGGACAUACCAGACGAGCACAAGCAGUCGCACGGCUCCCUAGCAUGGGAAGCCGACACCGGCUGCUCAACCUUGGGCCUGCUGUGGCACCCAAGAUCGGAUAGCUUUGACUUCCACGGCCAACCAGCGGACAUCCAGCGGGUCACCAAGCGAGCCGUGUUAUCCGAAACAGCGCGACUGUUCGACCCAUUGGGGUGGUUGGCACCGGUUAUCAUCGGUGCCAAAAUCCUUAUCCAGUCGGCCUGGCUGCAACACUUAGACUGGGAUCAACCAGUUGCGGCGGCAGACGAGCGGGCGUGGCGACGCCUACGAGAGGAGUUUCCCGUCUUGGACGGGAUCCGGGUCCCAAGAUGGAUGCAUAUUGGACAACCGACCAGCGAGGUGGAGAUCCAUGGUUUCGCCGACGCCUCGGAGCGAGCAUACACUGCAGUGGUGUACCUGCGAACCACGGAGCCCGAUGGGCAGUGCUGGGUGUCACUGGUGACUGCCAAGUCCAAGGUGGCACCCCUUCACCCGGUGUCCCUGCCACGACUGGAACUCUGUGCAGCGACCCUCCUGGCCCGACUGGUCAAGCAUGUUAAGUCGGUCACUGGCUUGAUGGACGCCCACACAGUCUUGUGGUCGGAUUCCACCGUGGCCUUGGCAUGGAUCAAAGGUCACCCGUCAAAGUGGAAGACCUUUGUGGUGAACCGAGUGGCCCACAUCCAACAGUCGGUCCCACAAGCGCGAUGGAGACACCUUCCUGGAGCAGAUAAUCCAGCAGACUGCGCGUCACGCGGCAUUUCGCCAAGGGAACUACUCAAUCACAAGUUGUGGUGGCACGGGCCGCCAUGGUUGACAAGCGACGCCCCAGAGAGCUGCGAGGAACCUAUCGACGACCACGACGGCGAUCUUCCGGAGCAGCGCGCGAGAGUGCACUCUGCGAGAACAGACCACCCCGAGAGCGAAGUUCUCAUGAGGUUCUCGACACUGCACUCAUUCUUACGAGUCACUGCGUGGUGCCAAAGGUGGUUGAGAGCGCUUCGCUCUCGAAGUGCCGCCCUUGCUUUAGGUCCCUUGACUGCGAGCGAGUUGGAGGAGGCACAUAGAACGUGGAUCCGAGUAACGCAAGCGACCUGGUUCGCUCCGGAGACGCGCGCAGUCGCCAAUGGUCAAGCGGUGUCGGGGCGCAGCCCGCUCGUCCGGCUGAACCCGACUCGCGACACUGAGGGCAUCUUGAGGGUGGGAGGGCGUCUGAAACACGCUUUGCUCAGUCACGAUCAACGCCAUCCCAUGAUCCUGCCCAGGGAAUCGCACCUCACAGCCCUCAACAUUGCUGCUUGCCACCGCAGAACGCUGCACGGAGGGGUGCAGCUCACGCUCGGGCUUUUGCGUCAGCAGUUUUGGGUCCCCGGAGGUAGAAUGCUUGUGAGGCGGCACUUACAUCGGUGCGACUUGUGUGAGAUGGCGGGCGGCAUCACCACAACCUAUGAUGGCCAGCUUGCCGCAACCUCGUGUCACCCCGACGCGACCGUUCACUGUCACCGGAGUGUCCUACGCCGGACCAGUGUGGAUCCAGGCCUCUGCCGUACGCUCAUCAGUGACCGGGGAACGAAUUUUGUGGGAGCGGAUGCAAAGCUUCGCGCCCUCUUCAGGGCGGCCACCACCGAUCAGCACGUGACCGGCAUCCUCGCCAACGACGGCAUCGAGUGGCGAUUCAAUCCGCCAGCAGCACCGCACUUUAGCGGCAUCUGGGAAGCCGCCGUCAAGUCGGUGAAGCACCACCUGCGCAGGGUGAUCGGAGACACCACCUUGACCUUCGAAGAAAUGAGCACUUUCUUAACACAGGUAGAAGCCGUUCUUAAUUCUAGACCCUUGCAGGCUCUCUCCGACGACCCCGAUGACUUGACGGCGCUCACCCCGAGCCAUUUCCUCAUCGGGACGGCCCUGAAUGCAGUGCACGAGCCGUCGUUGUCCGAGCAGCCGACAUCACGCCUCUCGAGAUGGCAGGCCCUGCAACAGAUGCGCGAUCACUUUUGGGACCG